UCUCUGGCAUUUCAGGCGGAUUCUUUACUAGCUGAAUCAAAAGGGAAGCCCAAAUCUGUGUUUACUUAUUCAUAAUCUGACUAUGUGUACUUUUCAGGGUAAAAGGCCAAUUGAUUUAACCUGGGUUGCGUAGGCUCAGUAUUGGUCUUUAAGAAUUUACUUAGAAAAUUAGGUGAAGAUAUAUCUCUCAUUUAACAUAUCAGAUUCCUUUCCCUCUAUUAUCCUUCAUUUUUAUUCAGGAAAACCUACCACACUAUGUGAGAUAAUGGGGAAAGCUGACAUGUGGUUGUUUCGAAGUUACUGGGAUUUUGAAUUUCCUCAACCUUACUUACCUAAUACUGAAUUUGUUGGAGGACUGCACUGCAAGCCUGCAAAACCCCUACCUAAGGAAUUUGAAGAGUUUGUUCAAAGCUCUGGAAAAGAUGGAGUCGUGGUGUUUACUCUGGGGUCAAUGAUCAGAAACCUCUCAGAAGAAAAAUCUAAUGUGAUUGCAUCAGCUCUUGCCCAGAUUCCACAGAAGGUUCUGUGGAGAUACUUAGGAAAGAAACCAGAAACACUAGGAGACAAUACCCGGCUGUAUAAAUGGAUUCCACAGAAUGAUCUUCUUGGUCAUCCCAAAACCAGAGCUUUUGUCUCUCACUGUGGAACCAAUGGGAUCUAUGAAGCUAUUUACCACGGGGUCCCUAUAGUUGGAAUUCCUCUGGCUGCUGAUCAGCAUGAUAAUGUUGCUCGUCUGAAAGCCAAAGGGGCAGCUGUUGCAGUAGACUUGAGAAGAAUGACAAGUGCAGAUCUGCUUAAUGCAUUGAAAGCAGUUAUUAACAACCCUCUGUGAGUA